UCAGCACACUCACCACACCAGCUCUCGAAUUAAAAAACUGAUUGAAACAGAUUAGAUUGAUUGAAGAAGACGACCACGACACAGGGAGGAAAGUUUCAUUCUUUUUUGCUCCAAACCCAUUUCGUCAUUGCGAGAUUCGUCCUUCAAUCAUACCGUUUCUUCCAAAUCUACACGCUUGAGAUUCGAGGUUUCUGGGUUUUUUUUUUUUCUUUUUCUCUUCCUGUUUGAUUCGUGUGAGAUUGGCUAAUCAUGUGAGUGAAGAGGAGGAGCAUGGGAGAGAGAGAGAGAGAGGAAAGUAGAGUCCUUUGUUCCAGUUUGAUUGGGGAUUUUAGUCAGGUGUUCGAGUAAAAGGGGGAUGAGGAUGGAGAACGGCCAUGAGGAGGGACUUACCGAUAAAUUUUCCAAAGUGGGUAUUGAAGAUUCGUCUAGCUCGCCCGAAAACAACCUUAAAAACGAUAACUUGUUGCAGGUCAUCAAAGCUGUCGAAGCAGCUGAAACCACCAUCAAGCAGCAGGUGGAGGAGAAUAGCCGUUUAAAGGCUGAACUUGAGAGAAGUAUUCUGGAACUAGCUAAAUAUAAAUCAGAUGAAUCCUUGCCCCAAACAUCUAAUCCCGGAGAUCACUCAAAUGCUACUACUGUGUCUCGCCUGGUUCACCAGCCUGUUGACUGGGAGCAGAAUGUGAUCAAAGCUUCAGAUGCUGAUUCACAAGGCAUGAUGGUGGUUCACCCCCAUUUGAAUGCUAACGGCGAAGUAGCUACUGUGAGCAAUCGUUUUGAAAGGCCCUCUGAGGAAGAUAUGGUUAAUGGCGUUGACAGAGGAGAUAUAGGUGGUGCUGGUCCCUCUCAGUUUUAUUCAUCAUCUCCUAUGAGGACGCAGUUGGAAGGAGGGCAUGACACACUUAUAAAUUCAUCUACUCAUCGAUUAAUGCCAGUUGGUGAAGUAAAUGAUUCGGGCAAUGCUGGGAAGCAGGACCUCAUUCACAAGGUCCAGGAACAAGAGCAAGAAAUUUUACAAUUGAGGAGAUAUCUUACUGACUGUUCUGUUAAGGAAGCUCAAAUCCGCAAUGAAAAAUAUGUUCUGGAAAAGCGAAUUGCCUACAUGCGUCUGGCAUUUGAUCAACAGCAAGAAGAUCUUGUUGACGCUGCAUCAAAAGCUCUCUCUUACAGACAAGAGAUCAUUGAGGAAAAUAUACGCCUAACAUAUGCGUUACAGGCUACACAGCAAGAGAGAUCUACAUUUGUAUCAUACUUGUUGCCUCUUCUAUCGGAGUAUUCUCUACAACCACAAGUUUCUGAUGCACAGUCUAUUGUUAGCAAUGUGAAGGUUCUGUUUAAGCAUCUACAAGAGAAGCUCCUUCUUACUGAGUCAAAGUUAAAAGAGUCAGAAUAUCAAUUAGCACCUUGGCAGUCAGAUGUGAACCACUCAAAUGAUUCCCAUUUGGCCCCAUCUCGCGCAGCUGGUGUAGCGUUAACCCACUCAACAAAGGAUUCCCUAUAUUCCCAUGACCAAGCAGCCACAGACUGGGGUUCGAAGCGCUGGCAUCAAGAUGAGCCAAGUAGCUCAACUAUGGGGAGUUACCUUCUUGAUGGUCCUAAUAAGUUUUCAUCUCCAGUGAACGGUCAGUCGGCUGCCUUUGAGAUGCCUCGGCAAGCAGGUACUAGUGAAGAAGAACCUAGUGGUUGGAAGCAAGUAGACGAAGCUCCAACCAAGCAUGUAGUAGACGAAGCUCCAACCAAGCAUGUUAAAUUUCGUGAGCCUCCCAGCAAGAUAGUUAUGGACGAUGCAGAAGGACAGUCAGAUACCAAAAACCAACCAUAUGUCCCUGCGUCUGAUGCUCCUAGCUCCUCAAAUUCUCCUAUUUUGUCCCCCGUUCGUGAAGAACCGUCCUCCUCCCCUUCUGACGGUGGGGAUGAUGAUAUUGAUGGCCCGUUACCAGCUAUAGAGGAUCUUCAAAUUUCAGGAGAACCUUAUCCUGGACAUGAGCUUCAAGCUUGUGGUUACUCCGUUAAUGGAACAACAAGCUGUAACUUUGAGUGGGUAUGUCAUCUAGAAGAUGGAUCUGUGAAUUACAUUGAUGGAGCAAAGCAGCCAAAUUAUCUUGUCACUGCUGAUGAUGUUGAUUUAUAUCUUGCUAUUGAAGUUCUGCCUUUGGAUGACAGGAACCGCAAGGGGGAGCUUGUCAAGGUCUUUGCCAAUGAAAAUCGGAAGAUAACUUGCCAUCCAGAGAUGCAGAGCCAUAUAGAGAAGAAUCUUCACAGUGGUCAUGCUUCAUACAAAGUUUCUGUUUCGACUGGUUUCCUAGAUAUAUGGGAAGAAGCUACGUUGUCUAUAAAGAGAGAAGGUUACAGUAUCAAGUGUAAUAAUAACGAUAUCAUAGCUGCUGAAAAGUUCUCAUCUUCUAAUGCUGUUACCGUUCCGUUUGGGCAGCCUGAAGAAUUUGUUAUAGUUGCUUCUGAUGGUAGUGAAUAUUCCUUGCGAGCAGAUCAUGGAUCAACAGACCUUAGCUGUUCAAGAGAUACAAUAGUACUCACCCUGAGAUUAUUUAACAUGAGGUCUCUACAGAGAAAGAAGGGAAAGAGGAGAGGAUUUUUGUUUCACAAAUGAGAUUUUUUUUUGUAUAUAAUUUAUUAUUUUGAGCUCUGGCUUAUAACAGCUUUACAUAAACAAUUCAUUCAUGAGAGAAAAAAACAAACAAUCUUUGUCCCUU